AUGGAGGCAACCGACAAAGAAAAAAUUUGGUGGGUUGAAGGAACUUAUCCGUCUAUUAAAGGUGAAAGAGAUGUAUUAUUCAAGGUGUUUGCUGAGAAAUCUGAAAAGGCCAAGGCGGGAAGAUUUUGGGACUAUGAUAAGGGCAUUGUGACGAUUAUUGAGCUGCCAUAUGGUGAUCAUGAAGGUGCAAUAAUUGAAUUCAAUCGCCAAAUUUUUGAUCAAUUUAGAAAUGUAGCAUCUCGGGAUAACAUUAGGGGUUGGGAAGCGAAAA